AUGGGCUACCGAAAAAAUGAAAUGAUUGAAAUACCAUUUUGUACUAGCAGUGAAAAACUGUAUGAAGAAUUAUCGGAUUAUUUGAAAUCUAAACGAUCUAAAUUUAAUUUUACGAAUCUUCAUGAAAUUACGAAUCUUCAUGAGCAUGAAGGAAUCAAGAGCGCAUUCAAUGCCGUAAACCUUAAUCUAUCUCCCAAUCAUGCUUACAUUUUAUUGUUAGGCUUAUCAGGUUCAGGAAAAUCUUCAACAAUUAAUUCAUUAUUCGAUAAAAUUAUUGCCGUUACUGGAAAUUUAAUAUCUCAAACAAAAGAAACUACCGAAUUCAAAGCUGAAAUUAAUGAUUCACGUUUAGGAAUAAAAAAUCUUGGAAUAAGUAUCAUUGAUGGUCCAGGUUUAGAAGAUUCAAAAGGAAUUGAAGAAGAUGCAAAAAAUAUUUUAUGUUAUAAACGAUUUUUGGAAUCUCAUCCUCAACUUGCCUCGGUCAGACCAAAUAUAAUUAUGAUAGUUGUAAAUAUUACCGAUAAUCGUUUUGGUGAUUCGGAAAAUGUUGAAACUCCUUUUGUGAGAAUGUUAAAAGGGAUUAAAUAUGGUCUUGCUGAUAAAAUUUUAAAUCAUGAGUGGCCAUCUGUAAUCUUUGUUUUGACACAUCUUAAAAGCAUUCCCCCUAAAAAAUCAAAAGAACUUGUAUCCACUAAAAUUGCGUUGAUAAAAGAACUGUCUGCCAACAUUUUAGGCAUCAUUGAUCCACCUGUUGUCACUAUAGAGAAUUGUCCAGAUGACUGGGAUGUAGAACGCAAAGAUGAUUGGUAUAUCUUGGACAAUGAUGAAGAACAUCCGCUCAAUUUGUUUAAUACUUUGAUUAAUCUUUGCAAAGAUUCGACUGAUUAUAUUGGGCAAGAAGCCAUUUCUUUGUAUUUUUCUAGUGCUUCUCAAAGUGAUGUUAAAAUUGGUCAUAGAUUUUCUGUCAAAGAAUUAACUAAAGACGACAAUAAUAGUAUAAAAUCUAUAACAACAAAAUUAUCUGAAAUUAAAUUAGGCAUGGAUAAUUCUAAAAUAAAAAAAAUUUUAGAAGAUAAAUUCAUAUUAUUACCUACUGAAACGCAAAAUGAAUUAGGAAGCAGAAUACCGAUUGAGAUUGCAAGUUUCUUUCAGUCAAAUAAAAUAACUACAGUUCAGGAAAUCCCGAAUGGUGAUGAAUUUCUAGAACUUUAUGCAAAUUACCCUCGACCUUGUACAAAUUUAUUAAAUUUUCUAAAACAAGUCUUUGAUCGGAAAACAGCUGAAACUUUUGUUGAUCCAGAGGUUGGAAAGUGUUACAAUGUCUUCAAAGACAGUACUGUUGGCUUUCCUGUAUUUCAGAUUGGUGAUUAUGUGAUGUCCCCUACAGGUUUUAAAGUUCCUCGUGAAGUUCACAUUCACGAAACAAAUGGGACUUUAACUCGAAGAGAACAGUUUGAAAAUAAGCAAGAUUAUUUUCGCAAAAGAUUACUUGAUCUCGGUCUUUCUAUAGACUUACCAAUUGCUUAUGAUAAUUCUAAUUUGCAUUAUGGAUAUUCAACUAACAAAUCAAAUCAUGAAACAGAACAAACAUUUUUAAUUGAACGCCAUUGUUUUAAGUUUACUUUGAACAUUGAUAAGCUUCGAUUAUCUCAAACCUUUAAAGAUGAUUUAGAUAUUCUCCCUCCUAAAUACGAUAACUAUGAUGAAAAUAAUGUUAGAAUGUGGAAAAAUUUCUUUGAAAAAAAUGGAACCCACGUGGUUCAAUCUGCAUGGGUUGGUGGCUCCAUAAGUGUCAAAAUCGCUUCAUCUAAUAUAACCCCUGAAAACAAUGAACUCAUCAUAGCUGGAAUUCAAGCUCGUAUUUUCAAUUCUCAGAUACAACUCAAUUUUUAUAAUGAAAUUGAUGAAUUUAAAAAUUUUGAAGAGGCAGUAAACUCAGCUAGAUUGGAAAUGCGUGGUGGAGACCUCAAAUAUCAUGUUACGGCACUUCAAAAUUUAAAUAGUGAAAAAUGGUUUAAUUCCAUCAAAGUGAAACCAGUUGUUUUAAAUACAAAAUUUGAACUUAUUCCAAUUAACAUUGUUGCAGGAAAACACAAUAAUAAUAUUCAAGAUCAGAUGGCUGCUGCCAUGAAGGAUUUUUUUGGUGAUGAUUUAAUUUGUAUCAAAUCAGAAACAUUUUCAGAAAAACAAGAAUCAUAUCCCAUCACAAGUCGUAUAGAUGCAACUAAUAGCUCUGCACCAAAUCUGAGCAAGGGAACAUGUCUUAGAUCAGGUACUUUGAUAUCAAUGGCUGAUGGUACAAAGGUUGCUGUUGAAAAACUCAAACCAGGAGACAUAGUCGUGGGUAAGAAUGGAGCUCCGUGUCAGGUUCUUGGAAAAAAUGAUAUAUUACUAGGAAAUAGAUCUUUAUACGGUUUUUGUUCGGAGAAAACUGCCUUUUUUACAUCUGAGCACCUUUUCGCUACACAUAAUGAUGAAUGGAUGUGUAUUGAUCCAGAUCUUUCUCAUCUGAUAAAUCCUCAAAACAAUACAAAAAAAAUUCAUAAAAUGCAAAAUCAAAAUAAUAUUCUUAGAUGGAAUGGAAAAACUACCGAAUUAACAACGUUCAAAGUAUUCAAAUCUACCGACAAAUUUUCUCCUACUAUGAAAGUUCAUUGCUUACUAGUAACAGGUGGUAUUUAUGUAGCAAAUGGAUAUGUUACUCACGAUAGUAUGCCAGACUUGUUAGCGUGGCCAGCUGUAUCAAUUUGUUUGGCUUCGUUGAUAUUUUCCGAGAAUGCACAUCAACUCCAAGAAUGUAUUUCUACAAUAGAUUCUCUCGAUGAUGCGAAGCUUAUCAGGGAGCUCUCUUAUCAAAUUUCUACAGAAUGGAAAAAAAUAAUCAAAACACCAACUUCUUGUAUGAAUUUCAAUGAUGUUGAAAAAGCUAUUAAAUUAUCAAUUGAAAAAAUUCAAAUAUUUAAUCUGUGUAAACCUGUAUUUACUUUUCUAUCACAAAAUCUUUUUAUUCUUUGUGGUGAAGAUUUACAUGAAUCACUCAAUGAGUUCUUUCAAAAUGAUGAUGAUGAAUUUUAUU